GCCAGCAAAGUCAGCAAACCUUAUAAAGAACCAAAUACAAUUUAUAAUUGUCUCUGUAGAGCGUAAUUGUUUGAUCAAUCCAAUCCCCUGUUUUCCUCUCUAUUUACUACAAUUCACUGACUUCAAAGGGUGAAGAUAAUCUACCAUGGAACCAACUUCCGUUGCUCUUGCCAUGGAAUGGAGCAUUCAACUCGAAAUGGGUCUCCGUUCUACCAAACCUGGUGUUCCUGUCAAAGCCAUAUCAGAAAUGGAGCCUCGCCUUCAGCGAUGGAGUAGAGAGCCUGAAUUUGGCAUUGCUCCCUAUGCCAUGUUUGGUCUUGUUCCAGGUGAAGAUAAGGUAUUUGCCAAUACCAUCCUCUUGCGCCUUGCUGAUGCUUUUAGGGGAGGUGACAUAGAGACCAAACUUUCAGUUGUAAGGGUUUUCUUGUCUGAACGGAAACACCGCGAUAAGGAGAAGAAAAAACAGUGUAAAGGGUUGCUGUCAGAGGCCAGAGUAGCUAAUCACUUGGAGUUGUUGAAGAGAGUGAAAUCUGUUUUUGAUAGUGGGGAUUUGAAGUCGAAGGGACUGACUUUGGUUCUGUUUGGUUGUUGGGCUGAUUUUGUGAAAGACAAUGCUCAGAUACGAUACAUGAUAUUUUCUAGCCUUGUUUCUCCUCAUGAUUGUGAGGUUAGAGCAUCUUUGUAUGCCACUGGGUGCAUUUGUGAGAUAUCAGAUGAUUUUGCAUCUAUUUCAGUGGAGAUGCUAUUUAAUAUAAUGAAUUCAUCUUCAGUGUCUUUGCCUGUAAAGUUGGUUGCAGCUCGAGUUUUGGCAAAAUGCAAGUCCUCUUAUUCAGUUGCUCAUAAAGCAUAUAAGAUAGGUAUGGAGUUGGUACUAAAUUCCUCAGAUGAAGAUUUUUUGGUUGCCAUGUUAUUGUCACUCUCAAAAUUGGCUUGCAUUUUAAUUCCUUUUAUCUCCUAUCAGGUGGACUUUCUUCUUUCUUUUCUCAACCGAGAAAGAACUUCACAUGUACAAGACAUGGCAUUAAAAUGCUUGCAUUUUUUAUUCAGAAGAGGAUUGUAUGAGCACUCAGAUAAUUUAGGUCUAAUUCGUGGGUUAUUUUCCAUAAUGGAGGAACCUGAAAUUUCAUUGGCCAUGCAAUAUAAAGCUCUAAGGGUCUUGCAUAAGGUCCUUCUUUCAAUUCCACCUUCUUCACUUCACAUGGAACUUCGUGAAUUUGUCAGGCUUCUAACUGUGGUUGAGAAUGCAAGUCAAUAUCCAGCCUCAAGGAAGAGUUAUUUGGCAAUUCGUAUUCUGGCAGAUUUGUGUUGUAGGACAAAGGAUAUAGCAGAUAUUGACAAUGUUUUUUGUUGUUCUUUUCCAUCACAUGUUAUCUCCCUAAUCAAAGAUCAUAUCAAACUUUUGUUGAUGCCAUUGUUGGAAGGUUGUCAAAAUGAUUUGACGAUUUGUCAAGAGCUCCAGGGUUUGCUAAAGAUUCUUCUAAAUAUUGUUGAAAGACAUCCUAAUCUUGGUUCUUUGGUACUUGAUAGCUUAAAACAAGUGAUUCAAUAUCUUGUGACUGUUGCAUCUGCUAAUUGUGCAGUAACAUCAACUCUUUCGGCCAUAAAUUUUAUAGGAAAAGAGCGAAAUUCCUUUAUUUUAAAACUUCUCCACAAGAUAUACAGAUUUCUGAUAGUCUUCCAAGAAAAUCUUUAUAUAGUUGGUGCUAUCAAUACUAAAUUGUCCAGUGAAGUGAAUAUUUUGGUUGAACUUGUGUGCCAGUGUAGCUUAAUUGAUUGCUAUACAUAUUCACUAUACCAUCUGCUAUUUCACAGUCAACCUAUUUGUGAUGGCUUGGUCCAUGAGAAUGAUGAAACGCAUCUAGCCAGUUGUUGCACAACAUUUGUAAACAAAGUCUUGAUAGGAACAAAUGGCUGGACUGCUUAUAAGGUUGGUGCUCAUGCAGCGUGUCAGGGUGAAUGGUUGCUAGCUACUAAUAUAUUCAGGACAUUAAUAGAGAAAGUGAAGUCUGAUUCUUGCUGUAGCUGGUUAAAAGCAUUAUUUCAUUAUGCUCAUUCUGAAGGAAAAAUCCAACUUCUUAGUCAACCAAAACAGGGAACCACCUCAAUGGAGUUGAUGGAGACUAUAAAAUUUCCCUUAAAAUCAUGUGAUUACAAGGGUGAUACAUGUCCAAGACUUGCUAGGAGUAUCAAUGAUUCUAAUUACUAUGAUCAGCUUACUCAGUCUCACGUGGCAGUUUGCUCUUCCUUGAAAUUUUUAGAAGCGUCUGUGACAAGUUCUCAAGCAUUUUGUUUUCAGAGGUGGUUUUUAUCAUUAAGAGCUAGAGUGUUGGAAAAUUUAGUGGGUGUGCUUAAAGCUUUGAGGGAAGUUUCAUUGAAUGUAGAUCAGAAUUUCAAUCAGGUAGAGAUUGAGAGUAGUGAUAAGCUUCAAUGCCUGAAGUCUUAUCAAUAUAUUACUCAAGUUUCUUCACAAUUGUUCAGACUAGUAGAAGAGUUUGAUCUACUUAGAGCAUCUUUCAUUGGGAUGGACAGUGAAAGUUCUGCAGUCCUUGCAGCUCAUGGUCUGAGUUGUUCAAUAUUAGCAUUUGCAACUGCUUUUGGAGUGUCUAACAUAGACCAACAUUCUCAGAGAAUUUUUAUUGGUAACAAAACCUCUAAUUUACAGGCUUUGACAAUACAAAAUUUAAGGAGGCUAUUUUGGAGUGUGGAUCAUGAAACCAGAGCAAGUUUCUCUUCGCUGUUGAAUUAUUUUGACCCAAAUAAGAACUGUUUAUCCCCACUGCCUAGUUACCAAAAUUUGAACAUUGGUUAUAAAGACAAAGAGGUGCUCAAUGUUUGUAGUUAUGCCGUCUCUGGUGCUGUCCGCUUGUUUGAGAAAAUUGCUCCUCAGUUUACCGAGAACGCUUUAUCACUAACUUCCAAUACUUUGAUAAAAUGGAUGCACAUUCAUUUUCGGCUUCCCAAGUACUUCUUCAAAGUAAGGCCAUUCAUUGGGUCGGAGCUUUUUGUCCAUAAUAAGGACUCUAGUAAUGGGGUUGAUAUAUCUGUUUCGCAAGGUUCCCACCUAACAUUGAAUAUUUGUCUUCAAUUGAAGAAUGUGCCACCAAAACUCCUGGUUAAGUCAACUAAGUUGUACUGCAUCCUUCAUUGCAGUACAGUUUUCCAUGUCCCAUGUGGACAAAGAAAAGCCCCGGAAAACUCACUGUUUGGAUAUGAAGCUUGGAAAGAUGAUGAAAUUGUUGAACUGAACCAGAAGUUGUUUUGCCAUGUCUUGGAUAGUGCGGCAGGCCAGAGAAGAAUUGGCAGGCAUAGUAGGGGCCAUGGUAAUAGUAGGGCUGUGGAGACAUUUAUGGAUUUUAGACCUAAUGAGAAAGGGCAGGGGUUUUCACAUUGCUCACUUGAUGUGUCUAACUUUCCCUUAGGUUCUUAUAGAAUCAAAUGGCAUAGCUGUUUGGUCGAUAGUCAAGAUUCCUAUUGGAGUCUCCUUCCUUUGAACUCAGGACCUGUAUUUUUUGUUAUAAAACCCAGGGUUGGCUAAUCUGCUAAGAAUUUCAUAAAUUUUAUCCAUUAAAAUAAAUACUAUGCACAUCAAGUAUGCUCACUUGCUGGCCAACUGAUCCCCAAGCUGUUGUACAGUGAACUUGGGCUCUUCCCACUUUGAGACUGAUUUUUAAGCUAUUGCUCACUACUAUGAUUGGGUACUAUUUUUAGAAUCAAAAUGGUCACCGUUCAAUUCUACAACAACUCAUUAAGAUGGCUCUAAUUUGGGGAGAAAGAACUGGAAUUUAUAAAUACAUGGGCCAUAGAAGGAAAUAAAUCAUUCAUGGAAAGCUGCCUGGAAUUGACAACACAUGGCUUGCAAAUCUGAGGCACUUCAGUUGCAGCUAGAUGUCCAGAGGCAUCUUCAUGAAAAGCUAGAGAAUCUGACUUGUAUAUAAGAGAUGGAUUCCACAUAUUUCUUAGGGAUUGAGCUACAGCAAAGUUUCCUCAUUUGAAGCAAUUGCUUGGCCUUGCAUUGAAGCCUGCUGGCAGCCGUAGAGUUCAGUCAUAUAGUUGAGUCUCCUGUUAUUCAGACUGAAAUUUCAAACUGUUCCUCUGGGAUGGAAUAAUGGAGUAGGAAUAAAAGAUGGAGAAUCCCUGAAAGUUGAUAUUACUGGUUUUGGGUUGCAUCUAUGUACACAUUUUCAUCUGAAUGAUUUAUGGGGUGGACGGUGGAGCAGGCCAAAGGCAGAGCACGAAUUUGUAGUUAUAAUGGUCAGAAAUAUGGACUGUUAAAGCAAUAGAAAGUAGAAAAUAUCAAGGUUUUUAAGACUUCACUAAGAGAUCUGUGAGAGAAACAAAGAAAUACAUCAACUAGCAUUAUUUGUGGAUUCUAAACAUAAGCAGGAGCUGUUAUAAGUUUCAUUCCUGGCUCCAUAGAGGCUUACAUGGUUUGAACCCGUAGGAGCAGUUUCAUUUAGCAGUCUCUUGCUGGCUGCUGCCAUAGUAAGCUUAUGAAACCAUGUAAAAAGUAGGAGAAAAUCAUGCAUAAUGGGAUUAACUAUAUAGAACAGUAUAUCAGUAUCCCUUGCCAGGUCCAUGCACUCUCAAUAACUUAAUGCUAACUCUUAACUCUUGACAUUAACAAUAAUUCCUACCAGUAAUUUCUUUGAAAUCUUGGUUAUUA